ACACAUGAAGGAUCCGACGUUGCUCGCUGAACUCUCUGAGGAGGAUCUUGAAGCUCUUAGAGCAAUGUCAGAUGAAGACUUAGCUCCACCUCCUUCUAACGAGGAUAUAUUUGGUAAAGUUGAUGCUCUGAAAGGGCAGUUCCAGGAGGAAAAUGAGAGAAUAAACAAACAGUUUAAGGAAAAUCAGGCCCGGGUGCAGGGUAACCUCCAGGAGAAGCUGAUGAUGAGGAAGCAGAGGAGGGCAAGGAAGAACAUGGACAAGCAGGAGGCCCAGGCGUACAAGCAGAGACGGAAAGAAGAGGUGGUAGAGGAUGUUGAGAAGGAAGAGUAGAUUCAACUUUCAUAUUUCAGUCAUUUAUACAACACUGCAUAAAAACUCCUUUACUCCAAAAGUUUACUAAUCAUGACAUUUAUACAUCUCAAAGUCUCAAAUAAAUAUAUACAGGGAUACACACAAAGGAUGAAACUUAAGAAUUGACAGACGACUGUACGGAUUUUAUUACAUUUAUGCAGUGUUAGCAACAAUAAACUUGUUUUUUUUUCUGCUAAAUAAUUGAAUAUGCGUGCCAUUAUAAGAGUUUAUUGAAUGCAAAUGACUGAAUUGAAGUAGUAUGUCAUGAUAUAUCUGAUCAUUUUUGUCAUUGAAGUCUUAUUCUUUAUGGGUAGCCCUGAAUGUAGUUCUACUUCCUUUUAAAAUGCUAUUUCCUUCAAAAAUCAAGUUUGGUAUCUAGGCAGAAGCCCUAGGAAGUUACGUGCGCACAUGCCUCGUUGAAUUACAAGACAGAGAGAGCCUGUUAAUACCGCGGCGCUCGGCCCCCUAGUCUCUCCUAGACGCAGUGCUCGG